UGUGUGUGGGCUUUCCAACAGGGUGACGAUGCCUCCAGCAAAGGCAGCGGCGGUGGCGGCGGUGUGCUGGUGCUUGGUCACCUUGGCCGUGACGUGGGCGGCUCGGGCCGAGCCACGCCGGCCGCCAUGGGCCAACAACAACAACCAAAAGCGCAGCGCUGAACAGCACGUGGCGGCGGUGCAACCGGGCGCGGCGGCGGCAGCGGCACUCCGCCGUCUGGCCAACCGAUCCAGCGCCCAGCUCUUCGUCCGCGACACGUACCGACCGCGGUUCCAGCCGCCCAUUUCAAUAGAAACGCCGAACACGCGGAUUCCGUCAGUGACGAGUCCAAAGACCACCACGACGACGACGACGACGACGACGGCGAGUGUGAUAUCCGCCUCGUUCUCAAACCAGGAACGACAGAGUCGCCGGAAACGGGUCAAGCUCAUCCGGUUCAUAGACAAGAAUGGGCGAGCGGAGGUCGGCGGCGGCGGCGGCGGACAGGCCCCGGUGGCGCCCGUAACCGACAAUGAUUUGCUCACGCUCACACCCAUGCCAGACACGGACCAGGGCGCCGAUGGCAGCAAGCCCGUGUCGAGCAACAGUCUGCUCGACAUUGGCAAGCCCGGCAACCCCUACGAGCUCAUUCAAGUGGCCUUUCCACCAGAGUCCCGCAUCAAGCCGCACCCCGUCACCACCAACGAGCUGCUGGAAAACGACCUCGAGGAAUUCGACCCGCACGAGGUCUACUUCACCGACGGCAACCUACUCGUGCUCCGCGGAGGCAGCUUCCCAAAAAACUACCAGCCCGCCGACCCGGGCCCGCCGAUUGACAACUUCCGCGCUCCGGCCCGCGAGCCGAAGCUGCCACCCGGCGGGCCCGAGCUCGGCGGGCUCGACCAAGUCUACCCCGACUACGUGCCCGGCGUGUCGGAUCCCUUUGGCAAAGACCCGGAUCCCCUGGCCCGGAACAUCACGGCCCUCACACUGUGUCCCAUCACGGGCCCGUGUCGCCCGCUCCUCUUCCCGCCGCUGCUCGGCGAGCAUCCGCCGCCAGACGGCGUCCGUCCGAUCACUCUGCUCCACCCCGACGUCCGCGUGAGCAAGCUGGCCUUCAAGCCGGCAGACUCCGUCUACGAGCCCGACGCACACCUCUACACCUACUACGCGGCCGAGUUCGGGGCGCCGAAAAUUGUGGACCCCGACGACCCGCAUCGCGGCGUCGACGCGGAAUUGAGAAGCAUCCUCGACACCUUCUUCCCUCAGCCAGAUUCCAAGAUACCAGAGUCAGUCGGUACUCCGGUCCAGUCCAACGUGCCGAGGCUUCCAGUGCCGCCGAAACGGCGUCCACCGCCACAAAGACCCAGGCCUGUUCCGUUGCCUUCUCGUCCGCCGCCGACACGGAGACCGACACAACCACAACCACAACACUUGCCACCAACACCUGCUCUUCCUCCACCCGUCACAGUUUUCCCUCCUCCAACCAGUGAGCAGCCGCCCAAGAAAAUCUACUUCCCGCCGGACGACGAAAUGUUCCAGUUCCCCGAGAUAGUGACGCGACGCCCGGGAAAGCCGUCGAAAAAGCCCGUCUUUUUCCCGACGGAUAAAACGCGCGACAAGACCAAGUUUGAAGAGUAUUUGGACCUUCUCGGGGCGCCCAAAGUGACGCCGUGGGUGCCGAAAGUCGCGCGACGACGGCCCGACAGUUCAGUGUCCUCGUUUUCCGGGGAACCCAUGCGAGGUCCGAACCCGCAACAAUUUUUCCAUUUCCCACAGCAACAACAAGAGCACCGAUUUCGCGACGUGCAAUUCCCGUCAUUUUCCGAUUCAACUAGAGAGCCCCUGUUCCACGAAUUCCCCACGCGUCGACCCGAGCAAGACUCGUCAACUCGCGUCCGCCCAAUUUCCGCAGAAGAUUUCGGCGGCUUCUUCGCCACUUCCACGCCGAAACCGUCAACAUACGUGUCACUCCUCAGCGACAUCAACGUAAACUACCAACGUCCGUUGCCCAGUUUGAAUCCCAACAGCGAAUCAAUUUUCAAAGGCGGCGGCAACGGCGGCAUUCCGAGGAUCAGCCAGCUGACGCCGUUCGAGUCCGCCUGGUUACAGUUGCAGGCGGCGACGCGGCACCACCACCAACACGCGGCGGCGUCACAACCUUACGUCGUGACACCGUCACAGGCGUCCCUGUCCCCAUUGACGGCGGCAGCCGCCUUCCCAACAACUCCGUUCGUCGCCGCCACGACGAGCCCUGUGAUCAUCGCGGCGGCACUGCGCGCGACGCCGCCCAACCAGUCCUACGUCCGCUACCUGUUUCAAAUGGGCGCCGCGGGCCGGCAGCCCCUAGUGCACUACUCUCGAAUAUUGGGGAAACGGAAGCGAUGAGCCGCCGUUUCGUGCGUGAUGGUCCGUUUUCCUUUUUAUUACAUUUUCAUUUCCGGCCCGGUUCUCUCGAAGUCGACCGUCGUGACAGAUAACGUGGCUCUAUAAAGUUCCUUCGAAAUCAAGAUGAUUCUUAGACUUUCGUGAUGAUAUUCAUGAAUGCAAAAACAAGCAGAGAAGUAAACCUCGUUCUCAAUUUAGUUGAAAUAUUGCAGGUGGAUUUUUAUGUUUUCACCUAGAAAUGCUCUUAAUUUCACUCAAAUGUAAAUGGUCAUGGGAUGGCCAGAGAAGAAAAAAUAACUUCGCUGAAACUUCUAUUAAACUGGAAAGGUUUCUUUUGAUCCUUUUUCUUUCUUUCGUGAACUUGAAGAGACUUUCAACAUUUUUGCGAGGCCAAGUUUCACGCGAAACGUGAGGAAAAGGAAUUGACUGGAGGAAAGAUUACUUGCACGAAGUUCAGUUCGAUUGAAACAAUAUUUGUGUUCGAUCUCAAAAGAGUUGUGAAUUUCAUGAUACAUUUUAGUGUUGGAUUUUUUUUUUGUUCUCGGUGUAAAAUAAAAUCUUGGCUCCACGUUUCAAUUUCUCUAAAAUGCCAUUUGCCAUCCAAGAAAAAGAAGAGACCAAGUCGCAUAUCGACUCAUGAGAAAUUCACGAAAAACAUUUACUGUAUUUUAUUUCACUCGCACGGAACAGAAAACUUCGUGCAAUAACAACCCAGCGAGCUUGAAAAAUUCGGUUUCAAAAAUAUAAAAAUGAUUCAGAUUGCGUUAAACUCAGUUCAUGCUUCAGUAAGGUAAAUCUUGGGCUGUGUAACUUUGGGAGCGAAAUUUCUUUCUUGUGUUCGUCUCGUUCGACACGUACGAUUUCGAGUGUUUGAACAACAUUUCGAUUUGGUGAUCUUGAAAAUUGAUUCUCUAGAUAGGGUUUUUUAAAUGCCUUUGUGUCCAAUACGAUUGUCAUUUUCUCUGAAAAAAAAAUCGUUCCUCCGACUUAAGCUACAAGGUCAGACUCAAGCAUGAAAAAUUUAUAACUGGGCAUUCAGUGUGAAAAGCGAGUAGAACAGAGGAGGGGAUGCGUUUCAAAAUAGGGGUUGCCAAGUUGGAAUUUAAAUAAAUACAGAAAAAAAGUUGGGAAGUGUUUGCCAAUUGAAGUCACGUGCUUCCGAAAUUAAUCCAACUUAGACGGAGAGACCAAAUUAUUUAUUUUUGAAAUUUACUAGUCGAUUCCUGCCCGUUUCUGUGCAAGAAGAAUUGCUUUUCAAGUAUUGUAACUCGAAAAUGCGCUUUUCGGCGGUUCGUUGCCAACAUAGAAAUAAAAUGAAACGGCGAUUGUUCCGAACGUUUCUAAAAUGUUUGCUCCACAUUUCGAGUUUUCGAACAUUUGCAGGAGAAAAGAUUUAAAUAAAUACAAUGGCUUUAGAAUUCGAAAAAGAUGCGCAAAAUUCAAGUUACCGCUGGAAAAAUUCUUGAAUUUCGCAGAUUAAAAGAAUCUUGAGUACAAUAUUUCCGGCGUUGAAAAUAAUUCAACAAUUCUAAAUCGCAAACCUUCCAAUACCUCGCUAUUCGCAAACAGAGACAAAUCCGUCAAUUAUUCCGGGAAAAACUGACCAAUAAUCCAACUGUAGGCGAUCAUGCGCUUCGAAUCGAAAAACCUUGAAUGAUUUCUCUUCAACAUCCCUGCUGGUUAUUUAUCCAACCAAAUUUCGUUCAAAAUUCAAUUUUUUCGACGCGCUUGAGAAUUUUAGAAAACCCGGAACCUUCAAAAGCACCCAAAAUUCCAUUCAAAUUUCAUCUUUUCUCAUAGAGCCACGCUAUCUGACCAGUCGGAAAAUCAGAGAAACCGAAUUUUAAAACCAAGUUUGAAAUUUGAAACACUGGGGCGCAGCAUUAUACAGUAUGAAUAAUGCUGAAGCGAAAAUUCGAAUGGUGGGCCAUAUUUUGAUGCGAAACAAAUUUGCGUGCACGGGAAUGAACGCUAUUUUUCGCGAAAACCGCCGGAACGCGAAAUUCAGCGAUAUUACUUAGAAAAGAGAAAUUUUCUAAGAGCUUUUGAGUGUGAGUUGAGCGCGGUGAAUUCGUCGAAGCGAGUACAGUACUUGUAAUUUGUUUUUCCUGAGAGGCAUUACGCCUGGAUUGAUACUCGCAUUUCGGAAGGAAAAAUUGCAGAGCAAUAAACUGAAGAAUGCGAGUCGAA